GCCAUCUACAACAGCUCCACAGGCAUUCAACAUGGCAGAAAGUGCUCUGGUCAAUGGGACCACGACGCCCGCUUCGGAACUGAAAGCGAAACUGGAUAGAUGGUCGGAAAGAUUAUCAGCGCUGCCGAGUUUGGCAUUACCUACUGAUUAUCCUCGACCAUCCCCCGCGAAACUAGUCGAAUCUUUCCAAACUUUACCUAUCCCACCUUCCCUCACCCCAGCCCUUCUUAGACUCACCCUGGAGUACUCCACUCUUUACCCUUCUUCUCCAUUGCCAACACCUUAUCAUCUAUUACUCACUUCUUUCUCCAUCCUCUUAUUUCGUUACACACCUGAUCCUUCUUUGGUACUAUAUCCGACGGUUGCUGUCAACUCGACACCUUCCACUCAUCCUUUAUUAUUGAAAAUGGAAUUAUCACCCGAAAUGUCAUUUUUCGAAAUCCUUCAUCAAGUUUUAACUCAAGAAAUCAUCGCUACUCAAGAUUCUGUCCCACUUUCCACCUUGGUAGACCAUUUAAAACCUGAAGGUCCAUUAUUUCGAGUAAGAUUUUUCGAUUCAACAACUCUAGAAAUGGAUCCAACUACAUCACUCACAACUGAUCUCACUUUAUACCUUCUCGCUCAACCGACGGAAACACCGAUAACAAGAACUUCAAUACCUUCAUUAUAUCUACGAUUAGUAUAUAAUUCAUUAUUAUUCACACAAAAUCGUAUAACAUCUUUAUUAGAAUCAUUAUUACAACUCUUAACUUCGGCAUCUGAAAAAUCUUUUAAUCAUCCAAUAGGUUCAUUACCUAUACGUACUAUAUCACAAGAAAAAAUAUUACCUGAUCCUACUUCAGAUUUAAAUUGGUGUGAUUUCGUCGGAGCUAUCCCUGAUAUCUUUUCUGCAAACGCAAAGAAAUAUCCAGAUAAAUUAUGUGUGAUACAAUCUGAACAAACAAAUGGGAUAAUGGAAGGACCUAGUAAAGGUAGAAAAACAUUCACAUAUGGUCAAAUUGAUAAAGCUUCAAAUGUUAUCGCUCAUUGUUUGAUUCAAAAUGGUUUGAAGAAAGAAGAAGUUGUAAUGGUUUAUGCUGCUAGAAGUGUCGAAAUGGUGGUUUGCGUAAUGGGAAUCUUGAAAGCUGGUGGUGUUUUUUCAGUCGUCGAUCCUGCUUAUCCACCUAAUAGACAAAUCGUUUAUUUAGAAGUUUCAAAUCCAAAAGGUUUGUUGGUCAUUGAAAAAGCAGGAGAAUUGGCCAAGAUUGUGAAAGAUUUUAUUAAAGAUAAAUUAGAUUUGAAAAUCCUCAUCCCAUCCAUCUCUUUAUCGUCAAAUGGGAAAGAGGAAUACCAAGAUAUAUUAGAAAAAUAUCAAAACUUAUCACAAACUCCAACAGGUAUAAUCCUAGGUCCGGAUUCACCUGCGACUUUAAGUUUCACUUCAGGUAGUACAGGUAUACCGAAAGGUGUUAAAGGUAGACAUUACAGUUUAACACAUUUUUUCCCUUGGAUGUCUAAAAGAUUCGGUUUAAACGAAAAAAGUAAAUUCACAAUGUUAAGUGGUAUAGCACAUGAUCCUAUUCAAAGGGAUAUGUUUACUCCUUUGUUUUUAGGAGCUGAAUUAUACGUUCCUACUAGUGAUGAUAUUGGUACACCCGGUAGAUUAGCUGAAUGGAUGGAUGAUUGUCAAGUUAGUGUUACACAUUUGACACCUGCCAUGGGUCAGCUUCUUUCCGCUCAAGCCACCCGUCAAAUCCCUUCCCUCCUCAACGCAUUCUUCGUUGGAGACGUCCUCACUAAGCGCGACUGCACACGUCUCCAACAUCUCGCCAAGAACGUCUGCAUCAUCAACAUGUAUGGGACCACAGAAACCCAACGAGCCGUCUCUUAUUUCGCCAUUCCUUCAGUGAACGAAGAUUCCACCUUUCUCUCCACUCAAAAAGAUCUCAUAUCCGCCGGUCAAGGGAUGAUAGAUGUCCAACUUUUAGUCGUCAACCGAACCGAUCGUCUAGUCCCAUGUGCAGUAGGAGAAAUGGGAGAGAUAUACGUUCGAUCUGGUGGUUUAGCAGAAGGAUAUUUAGAUCCUUCAGCCACUGCGGAGAAAUUCGUCAUGAAUUGGUUUGGACAAGAUCUCAAGAGAGAAGAUACACUCAUUGGUCCAGCUAGAGAACAUUGGUUCGGUAUAAGAGAUAGAAUGUACAGAUCUGGAGAUUUAGGUAGAUACCUUCCUGAUGGGAAUGUCGAAUGUACUGGAAGAGCCGAUGAUCAAAUCAAAAUCCGUGGAUUCCGUAUAGAAUUAGGAGAAAUCGAUACACAUUUAUCAAGACAUCCUUUAGUAAGAGAAAACGUCACUUUGGUAAGAAGAGAUAAAGAUGAAGAAAAAGUUUUGGUCUCUUAUUUCGUACCCAUCAACGAUAAUCUCGAAGGAUUAAUUUCCGAAUCGGAUAAUCCUCAAGAUGAUGAAGAAGUAGAAGAAGAAGAAGAAAAUGAAAAAGAUUUAAAAAUGGAAAUGUUACGUGGUGUACGUCGAUAUCGUCGAUUGAUUAAAGAUAUUCGUGAAUAUUUAAGAAAGAAAUUACCUUCUUAUGCCGUUCCAUCAGUUUAUUUCCCAUUAUCAAAACUUCCUUUAAAUCCAAAUGGUAAAGUCGAUAAACCUAAAUUACCUUUUCCCGAUACUUCUUUGGUUCCAACUGUUCCGACAACAGAUUCGACAAUGUUGACGCCUACACAAAAGACGAUACAUGAUAUUUGGUUGAAAUUAUUACCUUCACCACCUAAUACAAUUGGAAUGGAAGAGAUUUUUUUCGAUAUGGGUGGACAUUCUAUCCUUGCCACUAGAUUGAUCUUCGAGAUUAGGAAAACUUUCGUUGUUAAUGCUCCUUUAGGAUUAGUUUUUGAUAAACCUACUAUUGGUGGACAAGCAAGAGAAGUUGAUUCGUUAAGGAAUGAAGAAUUAACACCUGCUUUUGAUACCGUGACCCCUUCAAGACCAACGACAAAACCACGUUCAUAUUCCGAUGACCUUCCAGAACUCGUAUCACUAUUACCUACAUUCUCUCCUCUUCCUUCCGACUAUAAUACAAAACCACUUACCGUUUUCUUAACAGGAGCCACAGGGUUUUUAGGUGGUUUCAUAUUAAACGACCUACUCACCAAUCGAUCUUCUCGAAUUAAAAAAGUAAUUUGUCUAGUCAGAUCAUCAUCACUUGAAAAAGGUCAAGAACGUUUGAUUAAUUCUUGUACUUUAUUAGGUAUCUGGAACCCAUCUUGGUUAUCAGAAAACAAAUUAGAAAUAAUUAUAGGUGAUUUAUCUAAACCUCAAUUCGAUCUUUCUUCAAAAUCAUGGGAUUAUUUAUCAAAAGAAACAGAUGCGAUAUUACAUAAUGGUGCUAUAGUUCAUUGGGUUUAUCCAUAUGAAAAAUUAAAACCUACAAACGUAUUAUCGACAUUGGAAUGUUUGAAAUUAUGUUGUCAAGGUGGGAAAAUGAAAUCAUUCACUUUUGUUUCAAGUACGAGCGUUUUAGAUACGGAAGGAUUCAUUAAGAAAUCAGAUGAAGAAUUACAGAAUGGUAAUGAUGGUUUAAGAGAGGAUGAUGAUUUAGAACAAGGGAAAAAAGGUUUGGUUACUGGUUAUGGACAAAGUAAAUGGGUAGCUGAGAAAUUGAUUAUGAUGGCUCAGAAUAAUGGAUUGAGAGGUUGGAUAGUUAGACCUGGUUAUGUAAUGGGAGAUUCUAAGAGUGCUGUCACCAAUACGGACGAUUUCAUUUGGAGAAUGGUAAAAGGAUGUUUACAAUUGGGUUUGAUACCAGAUAUAAACAAUUCCAUCAAUUUAGUCCCUGUUGAUCAUGUCUCUUUACUUUGUUCAUUAUCACUUCUUUCACCUCCUCCCCCUCCUUCUCCUCCUCCUCCUCCUUCUUCUUCUUCCUCUUCCCCUUUAACUUCCCCUUCAUCUGAAAAACCCACAUCUGGUCCAUACGUAAUCCACGUCACUGGUCAUCCACGUAUCCGAUUCAACGACUUACUCUCUUUCUUACCUUUUUACGGAUACAAAGUCGAAAAAGUAGAAUACGUCAUUUGGCGUAGUAAAUUAGAACAACACGUUUUAGAAACUCAAGAUAACGCUCUUUUCCCAUUAUUACAUUUCGUUUUGGACGAUUUACCAACAAGUACCAAAUCUGCUGAAUUGGACGAUACAAACGCUAGGACUUUGGCCAAACAAGCUGGUGAGAAAGAAGGUGCUGGUGUUGGUGAAGAAGAAGUUGGAAAGUAUUUAAGUUGGUUGAUACGUGCUGGGUUUUUAGAUGAACCUGAUGGGAAAGGGAAAGAGUUGGUUUAUGGACAAGGAAAGGUUGGGUUGAUAGGUAGGAAUACUAUCGGGGUUUAA